GUAUGGUUGGAUUGUGUGCGUUUUCUCUUUUCCGUGCUGUGAACUCAUUAUUUUGAGAUAUACACAUGCUUUUAAAAAAAAUCAAACAAUUUUUUUCAUUUUCAUGUAAUAUGUGUACAUGUUUGUGAAAAGUAUCAUGUGUUAUUUUUUAAUUUGAUAAAUAUUGUGACGUGAUAGUGCAAUUUUGGAGGUAAAAUGCCCGCUUCAAUUUGUGACCCAGUAUCCAGCGCAUUGCGUUUAUCACUAACGCCUGAAGAAUCUCAAAGUUCAUCAUUGUUAGAUAGUAGACUUUAUUCAUCAGCUAAAAGCGUUUUAUUGUCUAAGAUUGAAUUCGAAGAAUCUGGUGAUUAUCAGAGCAAUGUACUCGAUGGUUUAAAAUCUAAGUACGUGGUUAUUAGACCCAAAAAACCUGUACUCGACACAAAACUGCUUAAAAAAGAAGUAAAUUCAGGCAAUCAAUGUAUAGAAAACACUAAAAAUAUUGAAGAGGGCUUGCCUAAACCUAAGAGGGUAUUCUUUCCUGUUGAGAAGGUACAAUUAGGCUGGCAGACUGCAUGGGCUGCUGGAUCUGGAAUACAGAAUGUAGGAAACACUUGUUAUCUUAAUUCUACAUUACAAGCUCUUUUUCACGUUCCUGCAUUUGCUAACUGGCUUGCUUCAGAAUCAGCUCAUGCAGAGAAAUGUAAUCAACAAGAAGCAUGCGUUAUUUGUGGAAUGCGUGCCACCUUAUUGGCAACUCAGAAGAGUGGUGGGGUGCCGAUAAAGCCUUGGCAAGUUUAUUCCAAGUUACGCCUUAUUUGUAGACAUUUAACUCUAGGGCGACAAGAAGAUGCACAUGAGUUCCUAAGGUACCUUGUUGAAGCAAUGGAAAAAUCUUAUCUUGCCCGUUUUAUAAAUUCAGAUAAACUAGAUCAGUACAGCAAAGAAACUACUCCUUUGAACCAGAUUUUAGGAGGUUAUUUAAGAUCCACAGUCCGAUGUCUUGCCUGUCACCAUUUAUCUACUACAUAUCAGCACUUUGAGGAUCUUUUAUUAGAUAUCAGAAAACACUCAACUUUAGAUGAAGCCUUAGAUUCAUUUUUUUCAAGAGAAAGAUUAGAAGAUCUUGGUUAUAAAUGUGAAGCUUGUAACAAAAAGGUAUCCGCAACUAAACAGUUUUUUAUAGAACGAGCACCAAUGGUGAUAUGUAUUGCAUUAAAGAGAUUUUCUCUGGCUGGUGGAAAGCUUUCGAAACAUGUUCAAUUCAGAAAAAAAAUUAACCUGAACAAAUAUAUGUACAAUAAGAAUAAUCCACAACAGCUGUCUUAUAAAUUAGUAAGUUUGGUGACUCAUUUGGGCCCAACACAAAAUUGUGGACACUAUACUGCAAUAGGUCAAGCUCCAAACAGCAACUAUUAUCAGUUUGAUGAUAGCUGUGUGCGGCCAUUACCUCUGUCAGCUGUUUUGGGCACCAAUGCUUAUAUAAUGUUUUUUGAAAAAGAUAAUUCGAUAGAAGAUUCAACUGUUCCCAGUGCCUCUACCUCAAAUGUUGUAUAUGGACCACAGCUUUCUGAUAAUAUCCUUAACAGAGAAAAAAGUCCACUAAAAUUAACAUUCUAUAGAAAUGAUGAAAAAAAAUCUAUUGUUCUCAACAACAGUACUAGCACUGAAGCACCUAAAUCUGAAGUAAAACCUAUUAUAUUAAAUUCAACAUUAAGUAAGUCACUUGAGUCAAGUAAUACUAUUAGUGAACCAUGGGUGGUAAAGCAAAAUGGUGAAGUUGAAAAGGUCACAGUAGGACCAAAAAUAUUAAAUGGUAUUGAGAAUUCAUCUCACAAACCUGAAGAAGACAAAAAGAUUAGUUUUAUUAUAAAAAAGCAAGGCGAAGAGUGCCAUAACAAAGCUAAAAUUUCAAAGAGUGAUUCAGACAUUAGAUCUAGCAUUAAUAUAGCAAUUAAGCCUCUAGAAAAGUCGUCAUCAAUGAGUAAGUUAGUCAAACCGUUAAAAUCGCCCCUAGAAAAAUUAGAAGAACAAAUGAAUAAAAGCAACACCUUGAGUCCUGUUCAAAGAAAUGGGAACUCUUCCUCUAAGUUGGUACCAUAUGAUUCAGAGUCUAGUAGUGAUGAGCGCUGUGACAGAGUUAUUGAUGAUAAAAUAAAGAAAGAAGAACCAAAGGAGCAGAUUCGUAAAACAAAGCCAAGUAGAUGUGAAUCACCGCAGGGUCUCAUAGUCACCACCAAAGCAAUGCAUCACGCAUGGACGGUAUCGAAAGAAAAAAGUGGCCCUCUGUUAAGCCCCAGCCUCAACGGCGAUACUAUUAAAAAGGCCAAGGAAAAGGAGGAGAGUCCUCACACGAGCUUGAGUAGCAUGUCCCCCCUGAGCGACCGCAGCGAGCCCGCACCGCCCGCGCCGCCCGCGCCCGCGCCCUCGCCCGCGCCCGCCGCCGCGCUGGACACGGCGCGCCACCUGCAGAGCUCGUCGCUGCGCGGCUACGGCGCGCCCGUCUCCUCGUGGAACGGCACGCACAGCGCCAUGUCGCGACAGGUUUUCGAAGAGAGACGGGAUGAUCGUAAACGCGUUCACGAAGCGACUGACGAAAUGGAUCGUGGUCGCACCAAGAAAAUAAAGAAGUUUCACCAUUACAACCGAUUUAAUAACAAUAGGAAUGCAUAUAAUCCUUUCCAGGACAAACAAAACAAACUACACUGGGGCAAUAAUUUUAAAUACCGAAGUGAACGACGUCCUGGACAUCAUUUCAACAAACAACAAAGCAACAAGUAUAAGCGAUUCAACAGGUACAGCAAUGGGCAUCACUAUCCGAGGCACCAUUGACCCUGGCCGGUCAUUGCCACUAUUUUGGUGUGUAUAGAUGAAUGGACUUAAAUAAAUAGUUAAAUAAAAUAUUAUAUAAGUGAAUUAUAGAUAAGAUAAUUACAAUAGUGACGUAUUUAUUCAC